CAUUUGUCGCUGGGGCCCGGCAGCUAUAGAGCAUCCCCACCAAUCACAAAGCAUUCCUGGUCUGCGCCUGCGCAGCCGGCUUGUGGGAAACAUCUGAGGAGAUGUCCACAGCGAUUCUCAUUACUCAAUGAUGUCAUGGCGUGGGUUUUGUAGAGGAGGUAUACAGAUAUGCCCAUCAGGGGCUCAGCGCUCUGCUGGAACUUAUUCACGUUCUGCUUUGAGGGAUCAUUAUCAGGUGCUCGGUGUGGGAAGAGAAGCAUCAAAGAGCCAAAUUAAGGAUGCCUUUUUCGCCCUAUCAAAGAAGUGCCAUCCUGACAGUGAUCCAUCAAAUCCGCUCCUCCAUGCCCAGUUCGUACGCAUCAAUGAUGCAUAUAAGGUGCUGAGCAAACCGUCUUCCCGCAAGGAAUAUGAUCAGCUCUUGGAAGCUUUACGGAGAAAUGGGCCGGUUUAUAGAGCCCAAAGUCCUUAUAAGAGCUCGAGCAGAGCGGACAGCACAACAUACACUUAUAGAAAAGAAGAGCCUUAUAACGGGUCCACUACAAACAGUGACAGUUGGUAUUGGUCGCAGUUUACUCCACAGUCGGAUUUCGAUGAGACUGCAAAUCAGCGACAAGAGCGCAAUAAAACGAUUGUUUGGGGUUGCAUAAUGAUGGUUUUCUCAAGCAUCUACUUACACUUCUUUGUUUUCCGCACAUUAAGAGACGUUCGUAAUAAGGAAAUGGAAGAACAGCAGAAGAAGAUUUUGGAUUUCUAUAAUAAAACAAAGGAUGCUGCCCAGACGAAUGGGAUUAGCAAGCAACAAGAACUUCUAAUACAGAGGCAUGAAGAAAGGCUGAGGAAAUUAUAUGGAUUCGAUGUUGAAGCUAAGAAAUAAGGGAGAACCAAAAUGAUCAACCUUUAACCUUUUUCUCAAAACAUAAUAUAUUUUAUGAGCUUGUGGUGUAAAUAAAAACUUUAAAACAAA